AUGGGCGGGAUUGAAAUUCCGUUUGAAACAAUUAGGGGGUCAAACGAAUUUUCCCACCUGCACACGGUCGACGUGAACCAAUUAGAAGAGCGUCAAAUUAUAUCACUUAUUAUUACUUCCUUAUCCAGCCUAAUUUGUCUAGACCGACCGAAGGCUGUGUGUGCGUGCGUAAUCCGAUGUACGCAUGUGGUGGAGCAUCGUGUUAUCACACAUCAGUUCAUUGACACCUCAAUGAUGGAAUGUUUUCACCUUCUGACGAGCUUUUUCGAAUCAGCUCGUGCUGCAGAUAUCGAUGAUAAGAAAAACAAAGACGCACCCACGAGCAACUCAAUGAGGAUGAAAGAAUUUUCGAAGCAUCGUUGGAAUGAAUUAGACUCGCACCAAUAG